AUGUGGCUGCCCCCAGCUCUCUUUCUUCUCAGCCUCCCAGGCUGUUUCUCUAUCCAAGGCCCAAAGUCCGUCAGAGCCCGGGAGCAGGGGUCGGUGACCGUGCAGUGUCACUACAACCCAGGCUGGGAGACCUACAAGAAGUGGUGGUGUAGAGGGAAGAUCUGGAGAUUUUGCAACAUCCUCAUUCAAACCAGAGGGUCUGAGCAGGAGGAGAAGAGUGACCGUGUGUCCAUCAGGGACAAUCACAGAGACCAUUCGUUCUCAGUGACCAUGAAGGGGCUCAGGCGAGAUGACACAGAUACUUACUGGUGUGGGAUUGAGAGGACUGGAACUGACUGCGGGACCCAAGUUAAAGUGACUGUUGACCCAGGUAAGAGCUUUCUCAUCUAUGCUGUGGCCCUGGUGACUGGGACUGAGAAAGGCCCUGAUUGCUGUGUCUCCUCUCACAGGACCCACUACAUGCUUCUGGUAUUUGUGAAGGUACCCAUCUUGCUCAUCAUGGCUGGUGCUGUCCUCUGGUUGAAGGGGUCUCAGAAGGUCUCCGAGGAGCAGUAUCAACAGCCUGUCCACACGAACUUGUCCUCUGAACUUCCUACCAAAGACAUAGCCCCUUAG